UCGUUGCAAUCGAACACUGCGUUUCCUGCACCUUUUCACGGUUCCUUUCUUCAAAACCCCCGAACGCUCUUUAGCAACUCGACUGCGAAGAUAGUAAGAACGCGUCGUCGUCCUCGAGCCAACAUGUCGGGCUACAACUACGGUCCCCCACCACCCCCGCCUCCGGCUGCCCAGGCUAGCCAUCCUGGAUAUGGGCACCACGGCGGCGCUUACCAACAGCAUUCACGAGGCGGAGGUGCUCAUGCUGCCCGUGGCGGGCGUGCUGGUUAUCCAUCAAAUGGUCGCCCAGAGUACCCCCCGGCCCAUCAGCCUCAGUACGAAUAUCCCCGCCAGCAGCCAUACCCUCAACAUAGCCCAGGAUAUCCCGCCCAGCAGCAACAACCUGCUGGCAGCAAUUACCCUCCUCAGCAGCAGUGGCAUCAAGACCACGGACAUGGCGCCGCCCAGCAUGGCGCUCACGCUCCUACGCCUCUGUCGACUUCCAACUACCAUCCGAACUACGCCCCCCAGGUCUACGCUCAUCCUCAACACCCACAACAUCCUCAGCCGCCAUCUCACCAGCCAGCCUACGGGCCACAGCAGCCGCAACAACCACAGCAGCAACCCUACGCCCAACCGUAUCCCGCUCCUGCACCGUAUACCGCUGGCCAGCCGUGGGCUGGACACGACCCCCAUGCUCAAGGUCCCUACGGCGCUGGUCGCGGCCGAGGCGGUUACGGAAACGAUCGAGGCGGCUCCCGAGGUCCUAACAUGGCCACGCCUGCUCCAGGAGCCUACGGUGGUGAAGGAGUUCACCAUCAAGCGAAUGGUGGAUAUGGUCAGCCGUAUGCCGAUCCACGCGCGCAAUCCGUCCAAUACCAAGCUCCACCUCAAUAUCCAUAUCAUGCCCCUCCUCCGGCACCUCACGCAGCGAUUCCUCCACAGGAGCCGUACUACAAACAUGAUGGACAGGCCGGUCGAGGUCGUGGUGGUCAUCGUGGUGGCAACCCACGUGGCCGUGGCUCGUUUCACGGCAACGACAGGGGUCGUCAUCGUCAACAGGGCAACAACAAUCACAAUCACAAUCAUAACAACCGACAAGACGGUGGAUUCCACCACAAGCAUGAUAAGCACGACAAUGCUGCCUCGGGUAAGAAGAAGAAGCGUAAGACUAACACCCUUGGUCUUACACCUGGCCAAGACUCGGAGUCGGAAGACGAUGAGAUGGAAGAGGAGACGCUUCGCAAGUUGAUAGGAGCAGAUGCACUACAGGUGACUGAUGUCGCUUCAUACAUUGCCGAGCGGAAGAAGCGCUUCCCCACGGCUGCGCGUGUCAAGGCCAAGAAGUCUGCCGAGACCACGCAAGGAAGUGGCAAUAAGAUCCAUUCCAGUCUGGAGAAGGAGGAGAAUCUCGCCAGCAAGCUCAGGAGACAACUGGAAAAGGUUGAAUCGUCUAUCAAGCGCAAGCGUGAACAGCAAGACGAGGGCGAUGAGAUGAGAGACAGCCCCUCCAUUGACAUCAAGUCUGAAGACGAUGAGCCAGAAGUCGCGUCAAGUCGUGUUCAGCCGGCCCCCCCUCCACCCCCUCCUGCAAAAAAAGCAGACAUUUCAAAGCAUUGCAAGUACUACUCUACGGGAGGUACUUGCGGCAAGAAGGGCAAGUGCCGCUUCGUACAUGAUCCUGCUGUUAGGGAGGCAGCCAUGAAGGAGAGAGAGAUGAACAAUGGCCACCUCACCAUCCAGCAGCGCUUGAUCUUGAACGACAAGGACCAAGAGGACCUUACUGUUCUUCAAUCAAUUCAAUAUCUGCGGGAGAAAGGCCUGAUGAAGCCUGAAGAUCAGCCUAAUGGCACCAACGGGCACACUGGGUCACAGACCUCCCAUUCUCAGUCCCGCCAGCACCCCAGCAGUCUCCCUGCGGCACCUGCUUCUCUCCCAGCGCCGCCUAUGAAGCAUCACGGGCUUCCUCCCCACAAACCGCCUCCUUCUGCAGGCGGAUCUACGGUUCGAUACAAAGGCUGGAACUUGAGUGGAUAUGGGAACUCAGGUCUCAAGUCCGAAGAUCUCCCUUAG